UCACGUUCAUUCGGUAAACACAUAUCUUUGAAUACUGAGAAUAAGGUUGCUUUUGCUCUUAUAUUGCUUUUGAAUUUCUGUAUUUUAAGAAAUUAUAUUGUAAAAUACAGGAAUGGGGUUAUUUGAUAAGUUGGCUUACUUUCUAGGUAUUAAAAAAAGAGAAGCGAAUGUUUUAAUUGUUGGUCUUGACAACAGUGGUAAAACUACCAUAAUAAAUCAUUUCAAGCCUGAAGAGCAGAAAUAUAUGGAAAUUGUACCCACCGUGGGCUUUAAUGUCGAGCGUUUUCGGAUGAAAAAUUUGAGUUUUACUGCGUUUGAUAUGUCUGGCCAAGGUCGCUACAGAAAUCUCUGGGAGCAUUAUUAUGCUGAAGCUCAAGGUAUAAUUUUUGUGAUAGAUAGUAGUGAUGCCUUACGAAUGGUUGUUGCAAAAGAUGAACUUGAAAUGAUGCUUCAGCAUAAAGAUAUUAAAGACAGGAACAUUCCUAUCCUGUUUUUUGCCAAUAAGAUGGAUAUGAGAGAAGCUUUGUCAAGUGUUAAAGUUAGUCAAGCUUUAGGAUUAGAUCGCUUGAAAAACAAACCUUGGCAUAUAUGUGCAAGUAAUGCUCUCACUGGAGAAGGCCUUGGUGAAGGAGUAGAAUGGCUGAGUGAUCAGUUGCGCAGUAUAGUUCAGAAUAAAAACUGAAAAGUUAAGUUUGCCAAUGAAUGAUGAAAAUGUGGUGGUAUAAAUAUGACAUCCAGAGAAAUUAUCAACUUUUAUGUUUCUUGCCUAUCUAGUGAUAAUCUACAAAAGUUGCAAAAAAUUUCAAUCAGAGAAUUACUUUAAUUUAUCUUAGUAUAUGUUGAAUAUAUAUUUAGUGGAUAGGAUUACCACUAAAUAUGUAUUCAAUUUUUUUUCAAUAAAAUUAAAUUGAAAUUUUUAAUAGUUAUAUUUUAUUAAAUGUUUUCUUUGUUUUCAUAAUCCUCUUGAAUUGCUACAUUCUGAUUUUUUUGAAAUGUUUGAAUUAUUCAACGUGAAUCAAUUUAUAAAUGACACUAUGAAUCGUAUUUCUUAAGAAUAUCUUGAAUGUAAUAGUAAUUAUUUUAAUUAUGAAUACUGAAUGAAAUCUGAAAACAUAUUUUCCUUGAAGUAUGUAAUUGAAAGAUUGAUUUAGACAAUGAAAGAACUGUAUACAUACACUGUGUUCUGAUGAUGAAUAUUUUUUUCACUUAGAUUUGUUGUUAGAGUAUUCAGUGUUCCAAUUUUUAAAAAACUUUUUGCUGCUAUUACACUUUUUUUAGUGUAUUAAAUUCACUGUGAUAGUGCAUUUUUUUUUUCAGAAAUCAUUUUUCACCUUUGUAAUAUUUGUUACUUUUUUAUAUUAAUUUUGAUUUUGUUCGCAUUAUAGAUUUAUAUCUGAAACAAAGCCCCAUUAAAAAAAAUUGAAUAUAAAUUGAAUUUUUAAAAAAUAUAAAGACUAUUUGAUAUAGCUUUUACUAAUGGGGAAAUUUCAUUUACCUUUUGAUUACUCACUGGUAUGUAUUAAUAACAAAUUAUGCUAUUUUCAAAUAUAAAUCAAAAGAUGGGUUGUAAAUUAACGAAUUUUUUACUACAUUUUUAUGAAUAAUUAAAAAAUUUUUUUAAUAAAACAGAAAUAAAUAUGUACUUAAAGUUUGUUUUUCUUAUAAAAAAUAUUAUCAAAUUAUAAAUUAUCACAGUUAAAAUUCUGAGAAAGAAAUAAUUUAAUUAUAUUUCUUUACAAAGUCUUAUAUAACUUUAACUUUAUAUAAUUGUAGCAGCAUGCACAUUUUUAAAAAGCACAAAUACUAAUGCACAUCACUUAUACCUAUUAGUUUGUAUAAUGUAACCACAAAUGCUUCAAUCAGUCCUAAAAUUUUCUUUUUUUAAUAGUGUAUGCAUAUAUUUAAAUCUGCAUAAAUCAAUUUUAUCCAUGAUAAAAAAUUGUGUUAAGCUUAUGUGCUUAUAAGACUGUAAGUUUUAACAACUAUGAAAUUGCACAUUUUUAUUUAAAUAUUUCAGGUCUAGUAAAAGAUUGUUAUUUUUUAUUUUUAAUGCUAUAUUCUUGUGUUGUCUUAUUUACCCUUUUUAGACUAUACUGGGCCUGUGGCAGAGUUAGGUUUUUCGCAACCCUAACCAGUGUAAACUAUGAGUCCUUUUAAUAAACUGCUUAAUUUAGGUUCAUAUUUUAAUUUUACAUCAUGUUAAUGAUUUAUUUUAGGUUAAUUUUUUUAUUUUAAUAUCCUUGUAAAAAUGCUUAUGUUUGUAUUUAUUUAUAUUGGAUGUCUGGAAUAGUGAUAAUUCAAUAUUAGUAAUCAAAAUAUUUAAUAUACAUAAUUUACUUAAUUUUAAUCAAUUGAUUGAUAUUUUUUUCACUUAAUUUAUCAUUGUUGAAAAAUAAUGCUUAUUAAAAAAGAAGAGCUUUUAUAAUUAUUUAAAGAUAUUUAAUUGUUAUUAUAUAAGCAU